UUUUAUCAUCGGCGCUGCGGCGGAUUCGGAUUUCACCUCGACUCAGUUCUAGAUUUUAUGAUCGAAAUCUCUCCUUCUUGCAAUGGGUUUUCGAUAUGUUGUGCGACAGGCGAAGCCCGCGGACUGUGGCGAUAUCUUGAGACUGAUCAAAGAACUGGCCGAGUAUGAAGGAGAAAAUCCCGACCAAGUUGUCAAAAACACCGAACAAGAUAUGCAGAAUGACAGUUUUGGUGACCAAGCCUUCUUUCACUGUCUCGUUGCCGUGGCAACCGAUGAUGACAUACCCCCUGGUGACUGUGGUGAGGCAGGGAGGGGUACUGUGGUAGCGUAUGCCAUGUACUUCUAUGCUUACAGUGCCUGGGUAGGCCGGCUGAUGUAUUUGGAAGACCUAUAUAUUAAGCCAACUCACAGAGGUUUGAGAAAUGAUAGCUUCGGGGAUCACGCCUUCUUCCACUGUCUUGUCGGUGAGGCAGUUGACGAGGAGGAACCCACAGUUAAAGGAACCACGGUGGCGUAUGCCAUGUAUUUCUGUGCAUACAGCACCUGGAUAGGAAGGUUGCUGUACCUAGAAGAUCUGUUUAUUCAGCCAUCACAUAGAGGGAAAGGUUUAGGAAAAGCAAUGGUUUGCAAGGUUGCACAGAUAGGAGCUGAAAAAGGCUGCAAGGGCAUGCAGUGGAUUGUGCAGGAAUCCAACGCGAGUGCUCGCCAAUUUUAUGACCGGCUGAACGCCGUUGACAUGACGGAGAACGAUGGCUGGCGGGUCAUAGGGUCCAGGGGCGAGAAUUUCACCAACCUCGCCAAUUCCUUACAGAAUCCAGUCUCCAAAAACAACAACAUCACUUUUCUGUGAUGAUGUCAGGAAUGUAAUUGAGUCUAUCACAAGUCCUCAAGUCCUAGUUCAAAUCAAAAGCUAUUCAGAUGAGCUUUGACAAAGGCAUUCUUUUGUUAUUGUUCAUCCACUUUUUCUUGUCACUUGUGAUUUACUUGUGACUGGACUUGUGAUGGACUCGACUACAUCCCGAGUUGAUUUUUCGACAAGAUAGUGUCAAAUUAGUGCUGCAACCCUAGCCCUGCAUGCUACUUGCAUUAUGUUAAAGGUAGGGUAGAUCAUUUGCAGCUACCAAAAAAAGUAACAAACGAAAUUAUUUUUUGAAAGCAUACUUGGUUUAAAGAUGGGGAUGGCAAUAAACUCGCUG